AUGCGGCUUCACUCAUUAGUUGCAGCUGCUGUCGCUAUCCUUCCUUCGGCUACGUCGACAGGUGCUUUCUCUCCGCAACCAUUCGUCGUACGAAAACAUGUUUCCGAUACAUGCCUGUCAUCAGCAGUUGCAGAGAUCACUACCAGUCCUAUUGCUGGUAUGAAGCCCGGCACUUCUGGUCUACGAAAGAAAGUUGAAGUAUGGCAAGGGGUCGAUGAUGCAAAUAAAUACUACGUUGAGAACUUUAUCCAGAGUCUUAUCGACACUGCAGCCGAAAACAAUGGAGGAAAGAUGAUUGACACUGUCAUUGUAGCUGGAGAUGGUCGUUACUUCAACAAUGAGGCAAUUCAAAUCAUAUGCAAAGUGUUGGCAGCAAAUGGGGUAAAGAGCAUUUGGGUACCACAAGGAGGGAUUAUGUCAACUCCAGCCGUUUCUGCUGCCAUUCGCAUGCGUGAAGGUGGAGCCGCUCAGGGGGGAAUCAUUCUUACAGCGAGUCACAACCCUGGUGGCCCAGGUGAAGAUUUUGGAAUCAAGUACAAUGAGGAAUAUGGACAGCCUGCUGGCGAAGAUUUCACUGAUGCUCUCUACGAGAAGACAACUACGAUUUCGAGCUUCAAGUCGCUUGAAGGAGGUGAUGAUAUCGACAUUGGAGCCGAGGUCAAUACAUCGUUCCAACUCACAGAAGAGUCAGCCGUAACAAUCAUUGAUCCAUUUGCUGAGUAUGUUGAAGUUUUGAAAUCCUGCUUUGACUUUGAUGCAAUGCGUGCGUUCGCACAGCGCCCUGGCUUCACCAUCUUGUUCGAUGGUAUGCAUGGAGCUGGUGGCCCGUUUGCAAAACGUAUUCUUGUCGAAGAGCUUGGUUUCCCCGAGUCCUCGCUGAUGCGCUGUGACCCAAAACCAGAUUUUGGAAAGUGUCACCCUGAUCCAAAUCUAACGUAUGCGGCGGAGCUUGUGAAAAAAAUGGGAUUGGACUCAGACGGAAGCUCUCUCGGCUGCACAGAUGCGACGCCAGCACUUGGAGCCGCGAAUGACGGUGAUGGAGACCGCAACCUUAUUGCUGGUGCCGGAUGUUUCGUUACCCCAUCGGACAGUCUCGCUAUCAUCUGCGAUAAUUGGAAGGCAAUUCCCCAUUUCUCAAAGGCUGGUGGUCCAAAGGGUGUUGCAAGAUCAAUGCCGUCCUCAGCUGCGUUGGAUGUUGUUGCUGAAGCUCUUGAUAUUCCUUUUUUCAGUACCCCAACCGGAUGGAAGUUCUUCGGAAAUCUGAUGGGAUCAAAGGAACAAUUCGAUCAGAGAGAUUAUACUCCUUUCCUCUGUGGCGAGGAAUCAUUUGGAACUGGAAGUGAUCACAUUCGGGAAAAGGAUGGUCUUUGGGCUAUGCUUGCUUGGGUUUCUAUCCUCAUGGACGCCAACAAGGAUGUUGCUGAGGGGGAACCACUCGUCAGCGUGCAGGAUGUCGUUUCAAAUCACUGGUCGAAAUAUGGACGUCACUUCUACUGCCGUUACGAUUAUGAAGCUGUUGACAGUGAUGCGGCGAACAAAAUGAUGGACCUAAUAAGGACAGAAUUGGUUGCUGGAGAUGUGUCUUCAAUUGGAGCUGACGACUCAGGUAUCAAGAUUGUCAGCGGCGAAGAAUUCUCGUAUAUUGAUCCUGUCGAUGGAUCCACAACGUCAAAGCAGGGUCUGAUUCUACAGUUUGAAUUUGAAAACGGAGACCCAGCACGUGCUGUCUUCCGUUUGAGUGGGACCGGUUCGGCAGGAGCAACCAUCCGAAUGUACCUUGAGAAGUUUGAGAAAGACGAGUCGAAGCAUGGAGAAGCAGCACCAGUUGCUUUGAGGAGUCUCGCUGAUAGAGCAAUUGGAUUGGUUCAGCUGAAACAAAUCACAGGCAGAGAUGCCCCCACCGUGAUUACGUAA